CAGACUGAUUCAAAACGAGGGACCGUCACUCAAUUCGGUAACUCACGGAAAAGCGAAAGUGAAAGUUUUCAGGGAGGGACGCGCUGUUGUGAACGUGUUUAUUCUUUACAGAUCUGUUGAGAAAAGGCGGAAAAUCUUCGAUCAGGUUGUGGGAAAGUAAGAGGGAUGGUUAUUCUACGAUCUCUCAAAAAUGGAAGGAGUUGACCUCAUCGUGCUUUUACUCUUUGGGGUUCCGCUGUCCAUAUAUGGUAAAUUCACAGUUACUGGACCAAGUCAUCCUGUUAUAGCCAUCGUGGGUCAAGAUGCUCUACUGGAAUGUCGGCUUAAGCCAGAAAUAUCCGUCACCAAUAUGGUGGUGCGAUGGCUUAAAUCAGAUCUUGGUUCAGCAGUGCACAUGUACAGAAAUGGGAAAGAUGACACUGCUGCUCAGGAUCAUGACUACAGAGGAAGGACUGAACUGUUUAAAGAUGAGCUGACCAAAGGAAAUGUUUCUCUGAGAAUAAAGAACACAAGGGUGCGUGAUGAAGGGAAAUACAUAUGCUCAGUUGAUGAUGAAACAGAUUUUGAAGAAACUAUGAUUGAGCUGAAAGCUGGAGGUUUGGGACAUGAGCACUGGAUCCAGAUAGAUGGAUACUAUAAAAAUGGAAUUCAGCUUGUGUGUGAAUCUAAUGGAUGGUUCCCUAAGCCACAGAUACUGUGGACUGGAGGAGAUGGACAGAACUUAACAGGACAGUCUGAAAUAAGUUACCAUCAAGAUUUGAAAGGUCUUGUUAAUGUCCAGAGCUCUCUUGCUGUAACAAGAGAUUCAUCAAACAGAUUCCAGUGUCUCAUACAGAACAACCUGUUGAAAAAAGAACAAGAAGCAGCAAUCCAGAUAUCAGGUGAUUUCUUCCCGACUGUCUCAGGCUGGCUGGUGUUUUUAUCUGUGAUCCUCUGUCUUCUAAUAGUAACUUUUACUGCUGGGAUACUUUGGAGUGUGAAAAGACACAGAUACAUCAAAGAUCUUGAACUUGACAAAUCUAUCAAACAAUUUGACCAGUGGAAAUCUCUUGUUGAAGCAGAUUGGAAGAAGAUUUCUGAGUGUGAAGCCUCUGUAACCCUGGAUACAGAAACAGCAAAUCCAAGGCUUGAGGUAUCUAAAGAUCUGAAGAACGUAAGGUUGACACGGACAGAGAUGAAUGUCGAUGACCAUGGAGAGAGGUUUACAGUCUGGGAAUCUGUGUUGGGAUCAGAGGGAUUCACAUCGGGCACACACUACUGGGAAGUGGAGGUGGCGGGGAAUCAGCACUGGACUCUGGGAGUAGCCAAAGAGACUGUGGACAGGAAGGGAGAUAUCCACCUGUUAACAGGGAAUGGAUUCUGGACCAUUGUGAGGGCUCAGGAUAAAUUUCAGGCAAACUCUGACAAUAAAUCUGAUAUCUGUGUCCAUAAGAUUCCCAGGAAGAUUGGCGUUUAUCUCAAUUAUGAGUCCGGAAUAGUUUCAUUUUAUAGUGCAAACACAAAAUCUUACCUCUACACUUUCACUGGGUGCAAAUUCACAGAGAAACUUUAUCCUUUCUUCAGUUCGACACAUCUUAACAAAUGGCUGAGAAUCUGCCCAGUUCAACAUUAGAUCAAUUGAAAGGUCUCUGGCCUCAAGGUUUCAACAAAAUACUUUCCAAUUUGACAGUCAGUCAAAGGAACAUGUCAAUAUGUAAAUAUUAAUCUUGCAUUCUAAGAUAAGAUUUAAAAUGCUGCCGGGAGAUGAUGACAAUCAUUGUGGGAAUUUGCAGGAAUUGACGCUGUUAUACAGUACUGGCUGAUUUGUGUGAACUUGAAAUAAUGUAAAUUUGGUUUCUAGCAGUGCAGUCCACUGUCUGUGUUUUCAUGUAAAAUCAAAGUUGGUAACAGAUUAAAGGUAUUGUUUUUUUAGAUUCAUUGAGGGGCAGAGGUUUCACUCACUGGGCAGCAGGGGUGUGUGAGUAGUAAGUCUGCUGCUACAGCAAAACAAAUAGAUGCGGCCAAUGUUAAUGGGAACAGAAAUCUGUUUUUAAACAUUUUUUUAAAAGUUUUUUUAAAGAACUGGCUUACCUAGUAUUAACAUAAGUAGCAGUGACAAGAUUUGGAAAAGCGAGAGAUCUGCCACAUAGCAUAAGCAGGAAAUUGUCCAGUUUCAGUGGGGAUUUGAUGGGAGGUCUCCCUUUGAUUUUCUUGCACACUCUACCUCAGGACUGCUCUUUUUCAGGUGGGAAUUUGGGAGAAAAUCCUCUGUUCAGUUUUUAUAACUGCUACGGGGUUAAAUUACAAGGUACUUAAAGGUCAUUCAGGAAUUGCUAAUGCACAUGAAGCAAUAUCUAAAUAACUCUGGAAGUAAAUAUGGACAAGGAAGUAUGUUUGCAAAGGUGGUGGGAAGGGAGACUUUGUUCUUCAUUUUCUCCCUGAACGUGACUCAUGCUGGCAUUUGGACCCAAGGGCAGCAGCAGCCCUCCAGUAUCUCCCUCAGAUGGUCAUCGUUCAUACGAGACUAAAUAGUGGAGGUUAAUUGUAGGCUCCUACUAUUGAGCUCAAACAACUCAGCACAGACCCACACUGCCAACAGCGAGAUCAGCUCACUCAGCAGAGGUGUUACAUGACAGUGGUUAGAACAAAGCUCCUUCCUUGUUGUCCGAUUAAUAUUCUGAUAAUCACUGAGGGAAAAACUCCUACAACUGCACCAGAUGUUUUUUUUAAUUUCUAACAAAUAUCCCAUUAAUCUCUGAAAGAUAUUUACAAUUUAGUGCCAAAUUAAAUAUUUUCAUCUAUUUAUAUUUUCCUUUAUAUUUCCUGUAUUGGAUACUUUUAAUGGCCUGAAAUAGAGAACUAUUUUACAACGUGCUGCUUGCCUUCUGUGGAAUUGUAACUUGAAUGUACAAGUAACAGAUUAAAUUGAUUUUUUUAUUAA